GAAAAGAAGCAUUAGUAGCAGCGAAGCAGUAUACAAAAACUCAAUACCAAACGGAGAGACCGCUCACAGAACCGUCGGCUCAGCUCAGGCAACGACGUCGGCGCAGUGAAGCGAGAGAGAGAAGAUGGCGAGGUACGAUAGAGCGAUCACGGUGUUCUCGCCGGACGGCCACCUCUUCCAGGUCGAGUACGCGCUCGAGGCCGUCCGCAAGGGUAACGCCGCCGUCGGAGUCCGCGGCACCGACACCAUCGUCCUCGGUGUCGAGAAGAAGUCCACCGCCAAGCUCCAGGACUCUAGAUCAGUCAGAAAAAUUGUGAACCUGGAUCAGCACAUUGCGUUAGCGUGUGCUGGCCUCAAAGCAGAUGCUCGUGUUCUAAUAAACAGAGCAAGGAUUGAAUGCCAGAGCCACAGGCUCACUGUUGAAGACCCAGUCACUGUUGAGUAUAUCACUCGAUAUAUUGCUGGCCUUCAGCAGAAGUAUACCCAGAGUGGAGGUGUGAGACCAUUUGGGCUUUCUACUCUGAUUAUUGGAUUCGAUCCAUACACCGGUGCUCCGGCUCUGUAUCAGACUGAUCCAUCCGGUACAUUCUCGGCUUGGAAAGCUAAUGCCACAGGAAGGAACUCUAAUUCAAUCAGGGAAUUUCUUGAGAAGAACUAUAAAGAGACCUCUGGGCAAGAAACCGUAAAACUUGCAAUUCGAGCAUUGCUUGAGGUUGUUGAGAGCGGGGGUAAGAACAUCGAGAUUGCUGUUAUGACGAGGGAGCAAGGGUUGAAGCAACUUGAAGAAGCUGAGAUCGAUGCGAUUGUCGCUGAGAUUGAGGCCGAGAAAGCUGCCGCAGAGGCUGCAAAGAAGGCUCCUCCCAAGGAAACAUGAUUAUCAUUUAUUCUCUGCCGAAGCUCUUGUAACUUUGUGGGGAUUCAUCUGUUUUUAGACAUACAUCGUGGAUGCUUCCUUUAGACACUUGGUCAUUUCAGAGAUUAUGUUUGAAUUUGAACUGGGGUAACUAGAAGGGAAACGCUUGCAUUGGAAUCAUGGAAGGUCUUGAUUAUGGAAGCCAAAGCGAUUGCAUUUGCUCGCAAUUACCGGGA